AUGCUACGAAGCACAGCUCAAGGGAUUCCUCAAGUGAUUCACCGGGCACUCGGACUUUUCAAAGGAGCCAUGGCACAGGUCAAAUAUGAUGCUGAGAUCAAGAAAAUGUGCAAGCAGGCCAUCUCGGGCUCCAAGAAUGCGGAGGAUCAGAUCUUGGAGGCCUUCAAGUCAUGGGACAAGGACAAGAACGGCUUCAUUUCCAAGGAUGAGCUGGCGCUGGUCUUAAGCUCCCUCGGCUGUCCCACGAAGCCAGCCGAUUUGGAGGCGAUGCUGAAGGAAGCAGAUUUGGAUUGCGAUGGCAAAGUCAACUACGAGGAGAUGGUUCAUUGGCUCUGCCGAGCGCCUCAUUUGGAGCAAUACUUCCUGCUGUCCCUGGACAUCUUCAAACGCAACUUUAAAGACAUCGAUGCCGAGGUUUUGAACGUGCAGCGAGAGAUGAUAAGGCUGCAGGAAGAGUACGAUGAACGCCCUGAAGACCAGGAUGAGACGGCUGCCGUGAAAAAAUGUCUUGAGGUCAUUGGGAAAUUGUUGCACAAGAUGGAUGAAGUACAAAAAACCACGCAGAAACGGAUUGACGAUGAGCUGACGCCGGUGAUCAAAAGAAGCUUCAAAUACCAUGACAAGGACAACAGCGGCACCCUAACCCAAGAUGAAGGCAUCAUCUUCUUCAGCAACUUCAUGGCUCUUUGGGAGCCCUUUGGUGAGUUGAUGUCGGAGCUGAAUUGUGCGCAGGUGGCCAUGCUGGACCGGGAGGAUUCAGAAGCAGAGGACCUAGACGAUACCAAGCAUUUGGCCAUGGAGAAGGUGAAAUUGGUGACGCCCGACAAGCUGCAUGCGGCCUUCAAGAAGAAAUAUGCCGUCCUGCGAGCAGAGCAUGUGAAAAAUCGAGAUCAGCACCAGAAGGAUGCCUGGGAGUUGCUGGCCGGCAAGGAUGGCAUGACUGAAGCUUCAGUCGUAGAAGCCCUGCUGCAUGGCCACGAGAUGAACUCGCAGUUCCUGCAAGCCAUGGGCUUGAGAGUCGAAGAUGUGAUGAAGGCUGCCGAACCCACCUGCAAAAUGUUGCAAGAAUGUGUGGAAAAUAUAAAGCAGUCAGAUGCUUUGCAGGCGACCAUGGGUGAGAUGGACCAAGCUGUGAAGGCGAUGAAUUCACUGGUCUUCGACUUAGACCCUGCCAUGCCCAUCGUGGGGGACCCGGCAGGAGACCUUGGAAACUGCCAGAUGCAGUGA